GCAACAGAGUGGCUGGUCCUCAGUAGGCUUAGGCCCUAUGCAGUGAUGACAGGAAGGCGGCCACCUGGGCCUCUGGACCCCGUGAUAUACAAUAAGUUGGCCCUCCUCGAGGCAGAUGCUGGGCACAGGCAACCCGUGGGGAUCUGCAAGUCAGGAUCCUUGCCUGGCCCAGGCAGUGAGGGCCACUUGGGUUACAAGGGAACCUAUUUCACCUACCCCGUGGGGAGCCUCGAAGAGGGCCAUGACAGUUUGGCUGGAUGGAAUCCCCACAUGUCCUGUGGGGGUGUCAUGGCUGGGCAGUCCCUGAGCACGGACAGCAUGCUCAUGAACUGUCUGUUGUACCAACGGGAAUCAGAGAGCGUUCAGCUGGUGGAGAAAGGCCGGGACCACACAAUGAGGAAUCUGCACCCGGCCCAAGAGAAGUGGGCAGGACAUCCAGACCACUGUGAUCCCCCACUGCAGGCUACCCGGGCUUCUCCAUACCUGGGCAUGAAGAGGCCAGGGCCACCGGGUUGUGACCCGCUGGCAGCACCCAAGCCUAUAUAUCGGAAGCCCAUGUGUUACAUGGAUCCAGGCUAUGGGCCGCCGUCAUGUUUGACACUGGGGACCCCAGGGGCUGAGAGUGGGACCAAGAGGCCACUGGACAUGGACUGGACAGUUGCUGCACCUUUAUUGCCUCAAGGAAACUCCCACUGCUCAUUGGCCUCAGCACCCAGCAAGAGUCAGCACCUGGAAGCUACCUUCCUCCCUUUGCCUCAAACCGGGGCACCAGGCAAGGGGUCCGUGGCCAACCUUUCUUCCUACCAGGUGGCCUUGGACAAGUACCGUGCCAUCUGGAGUGCCCUCUUCCUAGACUCCAAAUAUCCUCCACCAUAUGAAGGGCACAAGAAAGCAGCUAAGGGGCUCCCAGGCUCCUGGACAAAGCUGCCACAACCCCCACACCAGGAGCGGGUACCCUCCCACUACCCCUUGGCACUGCAUGAGCAGCCUCUGCUAUACCCACCAGGAUAUCCACCCCCAGAGAAACCUAACAGCUCUGUGCUUUCUCUGCAAUCUCCCAACCCCUACAAGGGUUUCAACUAUAGGGGAAGUGGGUUACCCGGGACCUACCUACAGCAGCAGAUGACCCAUGGGCCCUGUGUCCCCUCCUCCAAGCUGGAAGGCUGUGCCUACCCCACAGGCCCCAUUCAGGUGAGCUCACCUGGCCUGAAGGCUGGGACAGCUGCCUCCCAUGAACCUGAGCUGCCACCUACCCCCAAGUGCCAGCUGGACUUCAUCCCUCAGAUGCCAGGUUAUGCCUUUGCCCCUCGGGACAACCUGUCCCUUUAUGGUCUGGCCCUGGGGGCUGGAGGGGUGUCACCUGCCCAGGAUGCUCCCCAGGGCAAGCUGGGAGCCAAUCAUGACAGUGCAUUCCAACUUAUGUGUCCGCACGCAGGAAGUGGAGGGCCAAACCCAAAUACUGGUUCCCGAAGGGAGGCCUCUUGUCCGGUCUCCCACCCUGAGAAGGCUGAGAAGCCCAGGCAAGAAUCGGAGGACAAGAAGCGAUUGUACAGCUUCGGUAAGGAAGAAGCCAGACCCAGGCCUGGGGUGGAGGAACCUUCCCCUACACCUGUUGUCAUCCCAGACAGCCCCGCUCCCAGGACUCCACCUGGCAGUGGUCCCCGGAAUCUGCCACCUUCGCCCAGGGAGCACCCGCAAGGCCUCAGGCAGACCGAGGGCACUGCGCCCCCCUGCUCCCCACCCAUGCCCGUCAUCAACAACAUCUUCAGCUUGGUGCCCUACAGGGACUACCUGGACAAAAGAUGUGAAAAGAUGCCUGACCUCCCCCUGCCCAAGGCCCAGUCCCUCAGCACCGCAUGCUCCCUGGGGCCUUGCCCAGCUGCAGAUCCUGAGGCGUUCAGUGAACUGCCCAAGGAAGCAAUGGGCAAGUGGAGCCUGGGACUGAUGCUAGCAGCCAAUGCCCACCCAUGGAGGAAAAACUCACCAGGCCGUCCAGGAGGAGCAGCCCAAGCUGCCUGCUCCCCCUCCCCGGUACCCACCAUGGUUGAGACUGCCCCAAGGACUAGCUUCCACAGUUCUGUGGCCUUCAUGUUCUGCAAGUUCAAGAUCCUCCGGCCAGCGCCUCCCACCACCAUUGCCCCUGCCCCCUCCCUUGCCCCUGCCCCUGUACCUGUCCCUGCUCCUGCCCCUGCCCCUGUCCCUGUCCCUGUUCCUGCCUAGUCAGCCAACCUCCAGCUCCUCACACAGCCCUUGCAGGUAACCUGCUUCAAUGUGACUCUGCCAGAGCCUAUGCCUCCCGCACCUCCUGUUGUGUCUGAGCCAGCCCCCGUUGUAGGCAAUGCCAGCAGGGGCCUGGAGGAUGCUCCAACCCAAGUGGGCAGCACUGAGCAACAUUUCACAGGCCUCCACAUGUCCCUGUGUGAUGCCAUCUCUGGCUUUGUGGCCCACACCUCACCAGAAAGACUCUGGGAAUGGCUGGAGGAGCAGGCCCCGAGUGCUGAGGGAUGGGCCCAGGACAUGUGGCUGAGCUGUGUGGGUGUGAAGGGGCUCUUAGCAGAGCUGCCGGCCCAGCUAGAGACAUUCCUUUUCACCCACAAGUGUCCGUUUCCCCAUGUGGUGCGUGCUGGAGCUAUCUUUGUGCCCAUCUACCUGGUCAAGGAAAAGUUGUUCCCCUGGUUACCCGGGUCCUCAGUGGACCACGUGCUCCAGGAGCAUCAGGUCGAGCUACGCCCUACCACACUGUCAGAGGAGCCGGCACUAUCGGACUGUGCCCUCGACAGCUGCACCUCCUGCAUGCUUAAGCUCCUGGCCCUCCGGCAGCUCCCAGACAUCUACCCAGACCUGCUGGGCCUACAGUGGAGCGACUGUAUCCGCAGACAGCUCGGUUCCUGUUCACAGCCUGGUGGCCAUGCCCCAAGUUCUGAGAAGAAAUCAGCCCAGUCUCAGCCAACUUGGAGCCCCAGGGCUCCAAGGCCAAAACGAAGAAGAGGGGGACCCCUGGGCCAUGGUCUGAGGAGUCUGGACAGCCAGGGCCCCCCCCCCCCCGAGAUGGAACCUGCACCAGAUAGAGCCUUAGCAGCCAAGCCCAGGGCAGAGGCAGAAGACCAGGCCCCACUUGGGCUACCUGGCUCCAUGUUCCAUGCCUGCUUCCAUUGCCUGCUACAGGCUGCCUGGCAAGACGGCCUACCACUGCCCACAGGCAGGCGAAGAGGCCUGGCACAGACCCAGCCCCCAGCCUACCCAGAGCUGGUCCAGCGUCCCCUGGAUAUCCAGGAGGAUGACCAGGAGGGCCAGCUCUGGCUCCAAGGAUGA